AUGAAUCUGAAAUGGUAUUUAAUGAGUAUAAUAAUUUUCAUUGGUAAGUACAUUCAUUGUCAAACAUGUACAUCUUUGAAUGCAUGGCCAAUCGUGAACACAAAUUGGUCAAGCUGUCCGAUCCUUUCUGAUGGAACAUUAACCACAAAUAAUGUCUAUGCUGAAUGCAUGUUUUUAACUGUUCCGAUCGAUUGGAAUUCCAACAACCUAACAACAUGUAGUUCAACCAUCGAAAUCUUCGUUAAACGCUAUUUUGUAUCUGGACAUCAAAAUACAUCUCAUCAUUUAUGGCGAAUUCCAGGUGGUGGUGGAAUUCCAAUUUCCACCUUAGAAUUCGAGGCCAUGAGCGUUGUCAGUGCACUAAGUGGUUCCGUUUCAAUUUACAUGACAGACAAACGUGGCGUUGGUCGUAGCAGUUUAUUAGAAUGUCCGAAAUCAAUCGUCGCAAAUCUUACAAAUUGUCUACCAUUCAUCGAGCAAAAUCAGUAUCGACUAAAGCACAACACAUAUACCAAUACUGCAUAUGAUUUAGAAUAUGUGCUGAAUGUGAUUAUGGGUAAAAAUCGUGAAAACAUCCAACGGAAUCAACGCGUCAUUUUAAUGCCAUCAAGUCAAGGAACUUAUCUUGUUCAACGAUAUCUUCUCGUUACUGAAAAUGCUGAACAAGUCGAUGCAGUUAUCUUCGAUUCAAUAUUACCGACCGACGCAACUAUAUUAACUCACGGCGAUAAACAUUUAAAUUACGUUUUCUUAGAUUUAUUCGGACGCUGUGCACAAAAUCAACAAGACUGCGCAAAAUAUUUCGAAGAUGAAAAUCCUCUCCGAGCUUUAUACUCUUACAAAAUGAACGAAGAUCUACUCGAUCAAUCAUCCUGUCUCUAUUUAUUAAACACCAGUACAACCGAACUUGCGAAUAAAAUGUCGUUUAUGUUAUAUCCACAAACGAUGCCACUAUUACCAGCAUUGAUCUUUCGAAUCAAUCGAUGCAAUGACAAUGAUCAACGCGUGUUGAAACAUUUUCUCAAUGCUACCCAACCACCGCAACAAGAUGGAGCUGAAGGCUUUUCGAUUUUAGUUGAGAUCAAUAACAAUCUGGCCGAAUUGUGGUCUUCAUUGGAUACGUCGAAGGGAAAUGAUUCUUCUUGUGAAUAUUUGAAAGGAAUAUCAAUGAAUACGUUUGCUUCUACACACGUUAUGCCAGAUACUUACUGUCCAAUUCAACAAACUGGACGACUAGGAUAUCCAACCGAUAAAUUCUAUCGAAAAUAUCCAACGAAAAAAACUCAAUUACCCGUUUUAUUGUUACACGGUGAUAUGGAUCAAGCAUUACCUGUUUCGAUUCCUCGACAUUUUGCUAAACAGUACUCACGCGUGAACUCGAAAUUCACUUAUAUUGAACUUCCACGAACUGGACAUACGCCUACAAGCGCCUCACCGACAUCAGACGAAGCAGUUAUUUGUGGCUGGAAUCUGGCUAUAACGUUUAUCCAAUCCGAAACGUUCGAAGCUGACCGUUCGUGUUUGAAAAAGAUCAACGAAAUUGAUUUUGGUGGAAAGACGAGCAGUACAAAACAAGUAGCAGUGCAAUAUUUUGGAACUGAUGAUAUUUGGGAUGUUGACAAAUCAAGUCGAGGAAAUACAAUGGAAAUAACGGUUUUGUCUUAUGUAUUUGGAAUCAUCUUCAUUGUCAUUAAACAUAAUGAAUGA